AGUGGUCUGUGUACAGUUUUCCCAUCCCGCUUGAUGCGAUGGAAGAGGAUGCGUGGCCAUCUUUCAGAUAACGAUCUUCUUCCUGUUCCUCGCGGGAGAAGGGGCAUCGCAUCGAAAAUGGCGAAGUUCUCGGUUGGUGGAGAAGACGACGGCGAAGACGGCGGCCCAAGUAGUCCUACGGGGAAGAGGAGGAGGCCCUCUUCUCGAAUCAACGCCACAGUUGAUUAUCCCCACCAGAAUGAACCACGCGAGGCCUUCGAUUCCGACAAGGAACAAACUGAGACCGAGGAAUUAGACCAGAGGAAGCGACAUCGGAUUCAUGAAAUACACCAACAAGUGCCAGAGGGCGCUACUAAAAAGGCACUGUGGUCGGUUACGUCCUGUUCCAAAACCCUAAAGACAAACGGCGGCGGCUCUGUUCCGAUGUUCUUGAUUGACCCAGAAGUGUUGGAUUGCUCCAUUUGCUGCGAACCCUUGACCGUCCCCAUCUUCCAGUGUGAGAAUGGGCAUAUUGCAUGUUCUUCCUGCUGCAACAAACUUAAGAAUAAAUGUGCAUCCUGCUCUUGGCCUAUUGGCUAUAAUCGUUGUCGAGCCGUUGAGAAGGUUCUUGAAUCGAUUAAAUUACCGUGCAAACAAUCACAGUAUGGAUGCAAGGAGAUGGUUAGUUAUGGUAAUGAAAGUGAGCAUGAGAAGACAUGCCUAUAUGCCCCUUGUUUAUGCCCCCUUUCUGAUUGCAACUUUACGGCCUCAUCUAAGCAGUUAUCACUACAUUUCAGCAGUAAACACAAAAACUCUGCUACCAACUUCCAGUUCAGUUCCAGCUUCACCAUUUGCUUAAAAACUGAUGACAGUUACCACAUUCUUCAAGAACAGGAUGAUGGUAUUCUUUUUAUUCUCAGCAAUAGUUUUGAACAUCUGGGAAGUGCUGUUAAAGUUUGUUGCCUUAGGCCUAAUUUUUUGAAGGAAGCAUUUACUUAUGAUCUAAAGGCAGAAACUCAGGAUCUCUCCCUCUUUUUACAUUCUUCCAUGAAGAACAUUAAGUCGUCAUCCGAUUGCUGCCACUCAACGAGGUUCCUUUUGAUUCCAAGUGAUUUAUUCGACUCUCGUGGCCAGAUCAAGUUGGAUAUAUGCAUAUGGAGAGACGGUUCGUCCCCGGUAUGCAUAGAUGAAAGGCAGGGGUGAGUCAAAACGGAUAUAUUGUGUUGUUUGUAUGAAUUUGUAUAUAAAUUUGUGCAUCAGUGUUAAUAUUGUAUAUAUCAUGGAAAACAAGGUCAUCUUAAAAGCUCAUUUAUGCUGUAUAGUUUGUAUAUAUAAGUCCUCCAUUUCCUUGGUUUAUUUAUGAACUCUUUUAGAUGGAAAACUUUUCCAUGGCCCAAUAAUGAGAACUCCUUUGUAUAUUUAUUUAA